CAUACACAUUUAUUCCUAGCCAAACACACAUGUAGAGAGAGAAUGGGAGAAAAACCGAGAGGCAGCGUCGCCAUCCCACCUUCUGCGGUAGCGCAGCCACGGUGGAGCUGUAGCGGAGUCACGGCGGAGAUGUGGUGGUCACGGCACCGCCAAAAUCCAAAUCGAAAGCUCACAGCGUUAUCUACUUCGUCAACAACAACCCAAACGAUGGUUUUCGUCCGAGAUUAGGGCUCCAACAGACAAGAGCGGAGCUGGAGGAGAUUGCUAUUUCUGAAGCAGAUGUUGCUCGGUUGAAGCAAAAAGUUGCGAAAUUGCAUCAACAACUUCAUCAACAAUGCCACCAUCAUCUCCAUGGCUACCUUUCUGAUGCUUCUGAUGGACACCAACAUCUCCAUAACUAUAAUUCUCAUCAGAGAGUUUUUCAACAAGAUUUUGAUUCUACAAUUGUUUAUACCAACCAUGAACGAAAACAAAGAUCAGAGGUAAAUCUACUCUAAAUAUGAUGUUGAUUUUGAUAUAGAUCAGUAUGAAUGGGUUGAUUUGGGAUGUGUUUUGAUUCUUAACGGGACAAGCGAAACUGGGUCAAAAGUCAUCCAAAGUGUACUCAAAUACUAAACCCCAAAAACGAAUCCGUGAUACAAACUGAAAAUCACUCUCAGAGUUCAGCAGCUGGAUGUCAAGUGCGAGACUAAAACAAAGGCGAUGUCUGCAUACGGAUACGAGAUAGUUCAGACAUUGAUCGUUGAUAUAGAACCCGAUGAGCAUGUUAAGAGGGCAAUGAAUGAGAUCAAUGCUGCUGCAAGGUUGCGGAUGGCAGCUACUGAGAAGGCGGAAGCUGAGAAAAUUCUGCAAAUCAAGAGAGCCGAGGGGGAAGCGGAGUCCAAAUACCUGUCGGGUUUGGGUAUAGCCCGUCAACGGCAAGCCAUUGUGGACGAAACCAUUCAACAUUGAUUGACCUAGGUGGAAUAUAACAAACAACUGGCGCAACGCAGCGGGUACGUUCAAGAUGAAUGACAUUUUCAUGAACCCGUUUAGCGACAUGUACGCAUUUGCUGGAAAUUCGGGAGACGAUACAUCUUCAAGUAACAACAAUGAGAACCCGCCAAAUGCAAGGAAGAAAUUAUCGGAUGCUUUGGAAGUUGAAAGUGCUUUCGGAACUUACAACAAACCACCGAAGUUGAUGGCUAUUGAAGAAUAUAGUCGGUGGGCAAAGAAAUUCGAAGAUUGGUUGAUGGCUUUUGCUUUUCCUAGCUGGAAGAGUCUCAAAAAUGGAUACGAUGCUGGAAGCAAAAAGGGUGAAACUUUAUCAACAUCUGAUGAGAUAGAAUCGUUUGUCGCUGAGCAGAAAUGUAUUGCGUUGCUGUUUCAAUCUGUUCGUGAAGAUAUAAUCUCUCUGAUCGAAUACUCUAGUUCUAAAGAUCUCUGGGAAAAGUUGAAAAACAAAUGUUUAGGAAGUAAAGAAAUUGUGAAAAACAAAAAGAAACUGCUUAAAAAGGAGUUUGAUCUGUUUGGAUGUUUAAAGAAUGAGUCAGUCUAUAAAAUGAUUGAGAGGUUUGAGCAACUAAAACUGGAACUAGCGAGACAUGAAAUUUCUUAUCCUCAAGAUGAGCUAGUUGACAAGCUGUUUGAUUCAUUACCAGAUGAAAUGGAUUGGCAGUACUAUGCAUUGAUGCUGAAGAAUACAAUCAAGCCUGCAGAUCUUACUGUGGAUUUGUUGAUUGAGAGACUUGAAAGUCACGAGCUGGAACUAAAGAAGACAUACAAAGUCAAUCACUCAUCGUACCAGUAGAACUUGGAUUUGUAUUAUCCAAAGAGCAUGAUGCCAAAGAACAAUUCUCCCAAAACUGCGUUUUUUGCUGAGAAUGACUCCACAACGAACAAAGAAAGUCAAAGCAGUGGAUAUCACAGUGGAUCUUCACCAAAUUCAAACCAAUAUGAUGCAAAGAAUUUGUUUCAUUGCAACAUCGCUGUAGACAUGAAGAACGCUCAGAAUUUCAGUGAGGAGUCGGUAAAGCAGCAUAUGGUUUUCCUAGCGUCGGUUUUGGAAUCGUAUGAAAGCCUUGUAGCUGGGAAGAUUGGCAACACCAACUUAACGAAAGAAGAUUAUGAUCAACUAGAUCCUGAAGAAAUGGAACUGAUCAACAUAAGGUGGUGCAUGGCCGGUGCUGUUCGUCGAGCACAGCGUUUCAUGGAGAUAACCGGCAGGAAGUCAAUUGGUGGACCAUCUACCAAGUUGGGGUUUGACAAGUCCAAGGUGACAUGCUUCAAGUGUAAGCAAAAAGGUCACUUCAAACGUGAAUGCAGAAACGCAUAUGCUGAUGAGUCUGAGAACCCGUUCAGGGAAGAUUACUACAAGAAGGCGAUAUAUCAUCAAAACAAAUCGGAGCCGACAAGAAUGAAGCAAAUUGAAGAGAACAAAGAGAAAUCUAGAGCUCUUGCGGUGAUUUAUGAUGAUGAGGGUUAUGA